AUGGGGUUGAAAAGCGCCUACUUGGUGCUGUACAAUUCCGUCAGCUGCGCGGCGUGGGCGUACGUGCUGGGACUGACGCUCAGCACGUGCACGGGCGGAAAUGCAUCGGUGUGGUCGAGCGUCGAGCUCCCCCUCAAGAUCGCGCAGACCGCGGCCGUCAUGGAGCCCCUCCACGCAGCGCUAGGCCUCGUGCGCUCGCCGCUCGCGACCGCCGCGAUGCAGGUCUACUCCCGCCUGUUCGUGGUCUGGGGCGUCCUGCACACCGUCCCCGCGGCCGCCACGCAGCACGUCGCCGUCCCGGGCGUCCCGGACGGCGCGCUGCCCUUUGGCGGGCUCUCACUGACCACCUGCCUCAUCGCGUGGUGCGUCACCGAGGUCAUCCGGUACGCGUUCUACGCGACGAAGGAGAUCGGCGAGGCCCCCUACGUCAUCACGUGGCUCCGGUACACAACCUUCAUCGUCCUGUACCCCCUGGGGGUGUCUUCGGAGCUGGCGCUGUUGUACCUGGCGUACCCGACGAUCAAGGAGCAGCGCCCGUACAGCCUCGACAUGCCCAACGCGUUCAACUUCGCGUUCGACUACCCCACGUGGUGCCUGAUCACCGCGGGCCUCUACCUCCCAGGGUUCCCGCAGCUCUACCUGUACAUGUCCACGCAGCGCGUCAAAGUCCUCGGAAAGAAGCCCAAGGCCAAGGCCGCGUGA